CGGGAGACGUGACGAAGCGGCUACAGCUAGGAACGACUAAGCUAACCUUAAAACGGAGGUUCUCUUACCUUUGACGAUCAACACAGCCACAGCUGACAGACUCUCCACGUCGGUGUCCACCACACAGAUAUACUUCCCGGCAUGGUAAAGCUGAAUGUUCCUGAUCAUCAGAUCUCCUGCGGCUCUCUGCAGAGUGAGACACAAAGCUUUGUGCGGCGUGAAAGACAUCCAAGCGUGUGACAGCUUAUUAAAGAAAGUGGUGAAGCAUAUAAAAGGAACGUUGUCCGUAUUCCCUCAACUCACUGAGCGUCUAAGAAGUGUGACGGAUGAAACCGGCAGUGAGGCAGAGGAGAAGCCAACAGCCCAUGUUUAGAGGCAGAACGCUAUAUAAAGUUCCUUGUGAUGUUCAGCUCUUAUAUCCUAUAUCAUCUCCUGAGAGUACCGAGCUGGCACACAUGGUCGUGUGUAUCUGAGCUCUAUGCAUCGUGUGCUGCAGUGCUCAUGGGCUCAGACAGAGACAACACCGCUGUGGAUGCAAGUCAUGCAAGUUGUGUCCCUGAAAUGGGGUUUAUCGGCCAAAGUUCGAAGAACAACAGCUCUUGCGUAGCUGCGACACAUCUGGGACGAAUUACAAGGCUGAUCUACAGCUUUGGCAGCAGAAGGAGAAGAAGCCAUGCGCAGACCUUCACUACCGUCACCCACAAUGUGAACUUGACCCAGGGUCUCAGGCAUCCAUCCUAACUGUGUUGGAUGAAGCAGCACCAGGAACCUGGUGCAGCACUCCAUAUCCACAAAGUUGAUGAUUACUAGUCUGUGGAAGCGCCCGGGGGACAAACACACACCACUGUACUGAAGAGGAAUGACUACAAGGCAAACUGACCUCGGAGAUAAGGUCCUGUGUGCCUUACAGUCCUCCACUGACAUCAGUUGAGCAUCGGAACAUUCUUCUGGUCUGCUCUUUGUUAUCCAGAGGAGUGUAAUGAGGUUAACACGGAGCCUACAGCUCGCUCUGCUGUUGGCCUUGACCUCCACUGUCUCAGGACUGGAGAUCCCACUUGAAGUGGAGCAGCUUCCAACCAUCGUUUCACACACAUCAGGUCCGAUUAUUGCUCUACCUUACGACACCACUCUCACCAUUCGAUGUGAAGCCAAGGGCAACCCUCCUCCAGAGUACAGGUGGACAAAAGAUGGCCUUGACUUUGUACCUCCUCACCUUACGUCUUUCAAAGCCGACCACGCAGAUGGUACUAUUGUGCUCUCCGACAAGAAACUUGCUCAAUUCCAGGGCAAAUAUCGGUGCUACGCCUUCAACUAUUUAGGAACAGCGAUGACAGAGGAAAUCGAAGUAGUGGCCUCCAGCAUGCCCAAGUUUCCAAAAGAGAACAUUGAACCAGUAGUUGUGGAGGUGGGGCAGCCAAUCAUCCUCCAGUGUAACCCCCCCACCGGUGUCGGUCCACGCAAGAUCCACUGGAUGUCCAUCGGUCUCCAGCACAUCACGCAGGACGAGCGGGUUUCCAUGGGCACUGAUGGGAACCUCUACUUCUCCAACGCCUUACCCAAGGACAGUCGUCAUGACUACUGCUGCUUCGCUGACUUCACCAGAAUACGCACCAUCGUCCAGAAGACGGCCAUGGCUGUCGUGGUCAAGACACCUGGGAACGAGUCUGGCGACGCCGGUUCUGAACUCCCGGUGACGAGAACACCGCGGCUUCUGCUGCCCUCUGGUGUUCAGACGGAGAAAGUGCUGGUGAAGGGUGAAGAACUGCAGCUUGAGUGUAUUCCACAGGGAUUUCCAACUCCAAAGGUAGAAUGGAUAAAGAUGGGCGAGCAAAUGUCUCUGCGAGCGAAGAUGAACAACUUCGGCAAGCUGCUCACCAUCCCUGCUGUGGAGGAGAAGGACGCGGGGAAGUACAUGUGUAGUGCCAAAAACUCCGCAGGGCAGGCCGUCCACUACUUUGACGUGAUUGUUGAAGAACCUCCUCAGUGGCUUCCUGAACCACCCCAGAGUCAGCUGACAGUGAUUCACGCUGAUGUCAGCAUCAAGUGUUCAGUCAGUGGGACACCUCAGCCACGCAUAGUGUGGCGGAGGAACGGGGAGAUUCUGGAAGACGACCCUCUGAGCAACAGGCGGGUGUUGGACGACACUGUGGUGAUCCACGACACCAAGCCAGAGGACAACGCCGUCUACCAGUGUGAGGCGUCCAACAGACACGGAACCAUUCUGGCCAACAUCAACAUCGUGGUCAUGAAUUUGGCUCCUCUGAUGCUCACCAAGGACUAUCUUGAGUAUGCCGUGGUCACUGGAGGUGACCUCACCAUGAACUGCAGCGUUUUUGGUUCCCCACCUCCCACCAUCUCUUGGUCCCGAGAUGAAAACCCAGAGCAGAUGCCGGACAGGUUCUCCAUGCUGAAGAAUGGCUCCUUACAAGUCCUGCGAGUGGAGAAAGAGGACAGCCAGGAUUACCUGUGUGUUGCGGUGAACUCGGAGGGCCGCAGUACCAUCACGGCGGUGCUCAGUGUGAAAGAUGCCACGAAAAUCAUCAAGGCACCUCAGAAUGCAGAGGUCUCCAGCGGAACCACGGCCCAGUUGACCUGUCAGGCAAAUUACGACCGAAGCCUGCAGGGAAGCUUUGAGCUGCUGUGGUGGAAGGACGGCGAGGUGAUCCCACUUUCCUCCAGUCAGAAUUCCAGAUACCUGGUGGAUGAUGUGAUGCUGCAGAUCAUGAACGUGAACUUGAGCGAUCAGGGGAGAUACACGUGUGUGGCCAGAACCAGUCUGGACCAGGACAACGCGACUGCUGUGCUCACAGUUCUGGAUGUUCCAGAUGCCCCGAGAAAACUACAAAUCACAGAGCUGAGCGAUCCGAGGAACAUCAGCUUGUCCUGGGUACCAGGAAGUGAUCACAACAGUUCUGUGUUGGAAUUCAUUGUGGAGUACGAGGAGAGCCAGUGGGAGCCAGGUAGAUGGAGGGAGCUUCAAAAGGUUCCCGGUAACCAGGCAACAGCCCUGCUGGCGCUUCACGGACAUCUGAACUACCAGUUUAGAGUGUACGCCGUCAAUGUCAUUGGACCAGGACCCCCCAGUGAGACCACAGAGAGAUACAAAACACCCCCUGCUGCGCCUGAAAAAAAUCCGGAGAACAUCAAGGUUCAAGGACAUCUUCCAGGUCAGCUGGACAUCAGCUGGGAGCCGCUAGUGCCGGUGGAACACAACGGCCCCGGGCUGGAGUACAAGGUGAGCUACCGUCAGCUGGCGGUGGAAGGCGCCUGGAAGGAGCACUUGGUGAAACGACACUCCUUCGUGGUGAAGAACACAUCCACAUUCAUCCCCUUCGAGGUGAAGAUUCAGAGCAGGAACAGCUACGGCUGGGGCCCGGAGCCGAACAUCGUCACGGGUUACUCCGGGGAGGACGUUCCCUCCGCUGCUCCACGGGACGUUGCCGUGGAGGUUGUCAACAGCACCGUCCUGAGGGUGAGCUGGACCCCAGUUCCGCCUGCCACUCUGAGAGGCCAUCUGCGAGGAUACCAAGUCCACUGGGUCCGGAAACGGAGUCUGAUGAAUCCAGAGAAGCUUUUGAAUGAACGCCAGUCACUGUCCUUCCCUGGAAAACGCAGCCACGCUUUUGUUCCGGGCCUCGAAGCUUUUUCGGAGUACAGACUCACCGUCAAUGUGUUCAACAAGAAAGGAAACGGGCCUAACAGUGAUCCUGUCAACUUCAACACCACAGAAGGAGUUCCUGACCAGGUGCCCAUUCUGACUGCGUCUAAUGCCCAGAAAGAUUCCAUCCUGCUCGUGUGGGGUCCACCAUUGCAAGCAAACGGUUUCCUGAUUGGCUACCUUCUCCAGUGCCUCCUCAUUAAUGAGACCACACUGGAGGUGUUGGACUCCCAAGAGACGAACAUCACCGGGGCCGACACCACCCAGUGGCAGCUGCAGGGCCUGGAGGCCGACAGCCUUUACCGCUUCCAUCUCAGCGCCUGUACCCUGACGGGGUGUGGACCACCACAAGUGCGGGAAAGCAAGACCAUCACUCAAGCACGCUUGUCCCCGACUCCAGCUGGGCCGCCCGUUCAGAGCAUUCCAGCCCUGUUGAACAUAAGCUCUUAUGCGAGUGACACCUUUGCCAAAAUCAGCUGGACUGCCAGAGAGGAGCCACAGGACUCACAGCUUUAUGUGGCUUAUAUGAAUAACAGUGAUGGUUUCUGGCGGAUUUCUGAGGCCAUUAAUGCUUCUCAAAGUUUCCACAUUAUUGAUGGCCUCUUACCCGGAACGGUGUACACGGUGCGCCUGAUGGCCAAAGGGCUGUUCGAUAACGCUAGCAUAUACGAAGAUGUUAUCCGGACCAAAGUCAGAGGGGUCGCCGGCCAUCAGAGCAACAUCUCCACGGAGGGCUGGUUCAUCGGAUCCAUGUGUGUGGUGGCGCUCCUCACUCUGAUUGUCCUCGUGGUCUGCUUUCUGCGGCGAAACAAAGGCGGCAAGUAUGCAGGUACGCCGCCACCCAGACGACCAGACAUGUUCUCCAUGGAGAAAGUGAAAGAGAAGGAAGAACCCCAAACAGACGAGGAGUCGCAGGCCAUUCACGAGGACACCUUGUGUGAAUACAGUGAUGGCGAGGAGAAGCCGCUGAAGGGCUCCCUGAACGGUGAUGCCACGCUGGGCGACGGCAUCAGCAGAGACAGCCUGGUGGAAUAUGCCGGCGACGGUGGCGAAUUCAGCGAGGACGGCUCAUUUAUCGGCGAAUAUUCCGGGCACAAGCAGCGAGGCUCAGUCAGCGAGCCCAACGGACACUCAGAAGUGAUCACAUGAACCAACCCGUCAUCCGAGUUGACUUCAAGACCUUCACUCUGGAUUCAGGUGGCAACAUGAGAACUCAGAACAGAUGAGAGUCUUGAAAGGAAAAAAAUGUGGGGGGGGUUUUGACAGCAAUGGAGCCACCUGUGAGUCUGUAAAUACUAUGAGAGAAUGAAUUGUUGACUUUUUACAGAUUUUAUUAAUGGAAAUAAAUGUUUUUCUACAUGCUACUAAACACUGCUCCACCGACGACCUUCAUUGAUCUUCAACUGCCAGUUCUUUGGGUUCCAAUUAAGCAUUCAGUUUUAACAGAGUGGAGGCUAUGCAGCCAGCGAAAGCUUAUUAAAAUGUUAACGUAGCUUCCCAGGAGCAGCCAAACCAGCGCGGAUGAAACACGGCAGUGUACGGCAGCCCCAAAAAUAAUUGGUCUUCACUUUACAUUCAAUAAAAACUGGUCAUGCCGGGAAAGGUUUCACGAAAUAUAGACGACAUCGCCGUCAAUCCCACUUCCUGUUCCUCUCCCAGCUCCCAUGGCGCCAAUUAUCCCAAACCAAAGCCGCGCUCCCUCUCUGCAAUAUCUGAGGGCAAAUAC